AUGAAGUGUUUCUCCGCCCUUGUAUUUGCCCUCGCCUCCACGGCCACGGCCUCUCCCCUGGAGAAGCGCCAAGUCCAGCCCGUGCAACGCUUCGACGUUGGCGGCUUCACUGCCAACUGUCGGGCCGGUGGAGGCUGCAGCUGGACCUUCAAGGUCGUCGAGUUCCCCAACGCGGCCGCAAUCACCUGCACCGGCACCGUCCCAAGCGGCACCACCUUCCCGGCGACAACUCCCCCAUUCCCCUGCAGCGAUCCGGCGGUUCUCUUCCAGUUCCAGAGCAUCCCGGCACUGGGCAGCUACCGCCUCGUCAUGACCGACGUCCAUGUGGUGGCAUGUUCGAGGGGCGGAUCGAGACUGAUGCCGGCUGCGGACUUUCCUGUGGUGACGGAUGGCACUGGCACGCAUCAGACGUAUUUCGGGGCAACUUCGUUUAGCAUUGAAGGUACUGGGGCCUGUAAUCGGAUGUAG